UGUCCUCUUUUUCCUGCAUUCUUAGUAUACUCUAACUCUUUUUAGAAUUUGUACUCUUCACAUGAAAAAUGUCCCCGGCUGCUGAAGAUUCAUAAUUUAGUCUGAGCUAAUAGCAGAUGAUUCUUAUAAAGUUUCUCUUUUAACACUGAAGUUACUAAGAACAUAUGAGUAGGGAAAUUUAGUUAUCAAACUCAAUUGGAAUUAGUUAUCAUACUCAACAGUCAGGACUCUCCCAUCCAGCUCAGCUCCAUGAAACUCCUUAAUGGCCUUUUGAUGGUCUUUGUCAUACUCAUAACCUACAAGAGCCUUGCCCAGUGAUCGACCUUGCUUGUUCUUCAAGACUUUGCAGAACUUGAGCUUGCCGACUGAAUUGAAGAUAGCUCUGAUAUCUUUCUCAGGAACGGCAUAAUGAAUGUUAAGUACUCUGAUGCUUCUCUGCUUGGCUCUGCGAUCACCCUGCCUUCUGCCUCUACCACCAAAGCUGCUGAUGAUUUUUAUAUUAUGAGCCUUCCUAGGCUUCCUGUCCUUCUUGAAGCCAUCGCCUGAUAACUUUUUGGGAAAGUUCUUCUUUGCCUUCCUGUUCUUCUUCUCUUCCUUAAUAAUCUCGUCUAGUGGCUUAUCAAUUUUGCCAGACAUUUUGCAAAAGUUUUAAUAAUUAGACUUU